GGCCUAACAAGUGCGCCUGAGUUAACCUCCUAUAAAACGGGGCUCUGCGGGUUUUAAGUGAUUUGAGCCACCGUCCCUGCUGUGUUGUGACUGCUCUUCCAUCGCCAUCAUGGGGGGCCUAAACAUGACAAUGGUUAAUUCUCUGUCGAUCUUACUGGGAUCAGUGCGCUACCCAAACAGCAGCCUGCAGAUACAUCACGAUUCGAAGAUGUCAAGCUCCUCAGACGGAGGCUGUGGAUGUCAUCAGAAAUCUUGUUGCCACGACCCCUGUGCCUUAGAUCCUCCGGAAGUCCUCAGGGACCCUUUGGAAGGAAUUCCCGCAGACGAUGAAAGUCUCUCCAUUUUGGUGGGCCUCCAGUGGCCCAGGAGAGAUUUUUCUUGGUAUAUGGAAGUCAUCGUGGAAUUUAUCAAGCCAAAAGUUGCAACGAAAAGGCAAGCCAGUGAUCGAAAGAAAAGACAAGCCAGUGAUAUUCUUUCUCCUACAGAAGUUAUUAUUGAAGACCCUUUUUUCGGGAGUACUACCCGUUCUGCGCAAACAACUCAAACCACUACCUCCUCUCCCGAGUUACCAACUAGUGAAGGCAUUACCUUCACUACCGAGCACACCACUCCUGUGCCAACAACUACUCAUGGCACUACCACCACUCCUCAAGGCCCUACCACCACUUCUCAAGGCCCUACCACCACUCCUCAAAUCCCUACCACCACUCCUCAAGGCACUACCACCAUUCCUGGGUCAAUAACUACUCAAGGCACUACCACCACUCCUCAAGACACAACCUCCAUUCAUGGGUCAACAACUACUGAAGGCACUACCUCCACUACUGAAGGCACUACCACAACUCCCGAAGUAACUACUCAAGUAAUAACACCACCAGAUAAUCCUAUCAGGGGGUCAGUGAAUUUUACUAAUGUCACAGAUGAAGAGAUUUCGUUGGCGAGGGAAUUCGCAAAGGAAAUGGCAUUAGAGAGUGUUUUUCAACUCGUAAGCCAGGAUACAGCACCUCAACAGAAAGCGGGAUUAGUAGAAGGAAAAACCCAGCUGGAGAAAAAGGACGAAAUAGAAGCAGCAAUGGAAGCCGCAAACAUCACCUUCAGUGAGGAUGACCCUUCCCUGAAGCACCAGUCCGCCUUCAGGAGAACGGACCCAAUUUCUACUAUGAUGGCUCGUGGUGGUUUGAUACAAAUCGAAGCAACGAGAGUCUUCCAAGAAAGCUUCUCGAUACCUGGAGAGGCUGUGUCGGGCCUAGUGAUUUUCGGUAACCUUAGCGGUUGUUCCGAUGAGUUAAUUGAUUUCGAGAGGCCGCAGUUUGUAGUUUGUGAUCCGAGCAGCCCGUACCGCAAGUUGGACGGUAGUUGCAACAACUUGGCCAACUCUUUCUGGGGAGCAGCUUUUAGGCCCUACAGGAGAGAUUUGCGUGCUGAGUAUGAUGACGGCAUCUCGACCUUCCGGAGGUCAGUAGUAGGAAGCUCUGACCUCCCGAGCGCCCGCCUAGUCAGCACGGCCAUCAACAGGAUCCGGAGCGAAGGAUCUCACAAUUUCUCCAUUUUGCACAUGACUUUCGGCCAGUUCCUUGACCAUGACCUCGUCGCUACCCCGCUCGCUCAAGUUACAAGUAGUAUUUACGGUGGUGGUGGCCCCGUUAGAUGCUGCGAAACCCCCUUCUUGCAUCCGGAAUGCGCUCCAAUUUCGAUACCGGAUGCCGACGAAUUCUACAGUUGCCACGGUCAGACUUGUAUGGAAUUCGUCCGUUCAGCUCCGAUUCAGCCUUUUUGUCGCUUCUUCCCCAGGGAGCAAGUAGUCAGCAUUCGGCCUACCUGGACGGCUCCGUCAUCUACGGGGUCCGGCCUCAUCAGACUAACGAGCUUGAACUUUACCUGUGGACUUCUGAAAGGACAGGUGACCGAAGAUGGUCAAAUGCUUCUUCCUCAAGAACUUAACUUGCAAGAUGGGUGUAAUACGAAGAGCAUGGUAGGCGAGGGGAAACAUUGCUUUAAGGCAGGAGACGGUCGAGUGAACGAGCAGGUGUUGCUGACGUUCUUCCAAACUCUGUUCGCCCGAGAGCACAACAGGAUAGCAAAGAUCCUUUGCAAGUGUAACGGGGAUUGGGAUGACGAAAAGGUCUUUCAGGAAACCAGGAAGAUCGUUUGGGCUUUGCUGCAGCAAGUCACCUACAACGAAUUUCUGCCGACUAUCAUUGGUCCUACGCUCAUGACUUCUUCAAAACUUUUCCCGCUGAAAGGGGACCAACAAACCAACGAUUACGAUCCAUAUAUCAACGCUGCGAUUGCAAACAACUUUGCCACAGCCGCCUAUCGAUUUGGCCACAGCCUCAUAGCUGACAAUCUGCUGUACGUCACGAGACACGGGAGGACAUCCCCUAAGCCACUGUCAACUCUGUACUUCAAUCCAUUCGAAUUCUACCAAAGGGACGCCAUGUGCGACGUCGCUCGAGGAGGACUGAACCUCCCCGAGGAUAAAAUGGAUCCUUAUUUUACCUUGGAGGUGGCAGGAAAACUAUUCAGAGGUCCUCAUCCCUUUGGCCUUGAUCUUCUUGCACUGAACAUACAGAGAGGACGAGACCAUGGCUUACCUCCGUACAACAGGUGGAGGGUUUUCUGCGGGCUCAAGUCAGCGUCAUCCUUCAGCGAAUUGAGUAAAGAAAUGACCCAGGAUAGAAUUGACGCCCUAAAGAAAGUAUACAUGAGCGUUGAGGACAUCGACUUAUACGCUGGAGGAGUAUCGGAAAAUCCUAUCCCUGGGAGUAUUUUGGGUCACACCAUGACCUGUCUCAUUCAUAACCAGUUCUUUAGAAUGAAGUAUGGAGACAGAUACUGGUUUGAGUACAAGGACAGUCCAGGAGCCUUCAAUCCAGCACAAAUGGAACAGUUGCAUAACGCGACCCUUGCAAUGAUCAUGUGCAACAAUCUACCAGAACUUGAGUAUGUCCAGCGAUGGCCCCUCAAGAGCCCCGGGCCAGAUAACCCAAAGAUUUGCUGCAAAUCCAUCCGCCGGUACAGCUUGAAGCCUUGGACCCCUCUGUGCCCCGAGGACAAAGAUCAGGACGAAGAUUGCCACGAGAGGAAAACAAUGGAAAAAGUACAUAAUUCAUAUCAUUAGAAGAUAAUGUGAUUAUUGAAGUUAGUUUAUAGUUGUGCCCUUGGUAAAUAAUCCACAGCUAAUUUUCAAAAUAUUGGUCGUAUGUUGUGUUAAAAUAAUAUAAUUGGCAACUCAAUAAAGAAAUGAUUUUGGC